CACUGGUCUCUGGCUCAGUUCUGGGAUGACUUUGGAGACCCAAAUGUUUCGGAAUGUAUAUCCUGGCAACCUGUGGCUGCUUCAACCACUGACAGUUUUGUUGCUGCUGGCUUCUGCAGACGGACAAACUGCAGUUCUCUCUAAGGCUGUGGUAAAACUCCAGCCCCCAUGGAUCAACGUGCUCCAGGAGGACUUCGUGACUCUGACAUGCUGGGGGGCUCAAAUCCCUGGGAAUGACUCCACUCGGUGGUUCUACAAUGGGAGUUCUAUCCCCACCCAGGUCCAGCCCAACUUCACGUUUAAGGCCAAGAACAGUGACAGUGGGGAGUACAGGUGCCAGACGGGCCAAAGCAGCCUCAGCGACCCUGUGCACCUGGACGUGCUUUCUGGGUGGCUGCUGCUUCAGACCCCUCACCUGAAGUUCCAGGAGGGGGAAACCAUCCCGUUGAGGUGCCAUAGCUGGAGGGACAAGCCUCUGGUCAAGGUCACAUUCUAUCAAAAUGGAAAAUCCAAGAAGUUUUCCCGUUUGGAUUCUAACUUCUCCAUCCUACGAGCAAACCGCAGCCACAGUGGUGAUUACCACUGCACGGGAAACAUAGGAUACACGCAGCACUCAUCCCAGCCUGUGACCAUCACUGUCCAAGAGUCCAGCUUGAGCAGCUCUUCGCUGACGGUGAUCAUCGUGGCUGUGGUCACUGGGAUUGCUGUUGCAGUGAUUGUUGCUGUCAUAGCAGGCUUGAUCUACUGCAGGCAAAAAUGGAUUUCAGCCAAUCCUACUGAUCCUGACAAGGAUGCCAAAAUUCAGCCACCAGGCUUGACAUUUGUACAUCAAAGGAACAGACAACCUGAAAGAGCCAGUAAUGACUAUAUAACUGAUGAUUGCAGCUACAUGACUCUGAACUACGGUGGACCUACUGAUAAUGAUAAAAACAUCUACCUGACACUUCCUUCCAGAGACUACGUUAACAGUGAUAACUAAGAGUAAUGUUAGGCAAUGUGGUCACACUCUCAGUUUGCUGAGGAAAUAGCCAGAAAAGGGGGGAUUGUCAAAGCAAAGUUAAAAUGGAGACUGGGUCUGAAAAAUUCCUGAGGAAGCAAAACCACUUAGGCCUUAGAAAUAGCCUUAACUUCAUUUAAACUGUAAAUAUAAGUGAAACUUCACCCGGGUCAUAACUAUAAACAUAGGCAAAACUUAACUUGGAUCAUUUUUGGUAAAUGCUUAUGUUAGAAAUAAGACAACCCCAGUCAAUCAUACGCAGCCAACUAACAUAAUCAUGUGACUAAGGACCUUCUAAUAAGAUAGCCUUCUAAAAAACAACUAUGCAACUGCAGACAGAUCAAAUGUCUUUAUUUUGCUUCCACGUUUUGCCAAUAAUUACUUGCCUGUGAUAUUUUGUCAUUGGAACACUAAACCUUUUUCCUGGUAUUCCCCAAUUCAUAAAUUGUUUCUUGCUUAAAUAAACUCU